ACAACAUAACCUCGCAUGGAGGUUUCUUCCCCAAUCUCCCAACAACUAGCAAGUAGAACACUGUACACCGUAGCAAAUACGUAGCGCACGUUAAGAAUCGGUAAACCAAAAGCGCAUUAUAGUACUUGGCCUAGAUUUGCUGGUUACCUUUUUGUCUCUUCGAUCUUCUGCCCUCGCUCAUCUUCCUCCUUAAACUUCUUCUUCUUCUUCUAUUCCCAUUCUUAUUCUUAUUAUCUUCUCUAUUAAUCGUCGUCAUAACCCUAACCUAGAUAAAUAUAAUGCUUUCUCCUCCCACCUCAAAAUUUCGUACCUAUCAGAGCACCUUCCAAAUAUUAGUCUGUAAUUAGAGUUCCCUCUAUAAAUUCUUAGUUUAGGGUUCCUCUUUGGAAACCCAUUGAUCAAUGGAGUACAAGCGCAGCUCUAAAGAAGAACUUACGUUUUCCAAUCUUUUUAAUCUUGAGUCUUUGAUGAACUUUCAACUCCCACAACAAGAUGAUGAUUUUGAUAAUAAUGGGAAUAGUAGUCAGGAUGAGAGCAGAGGUAGCCAAGGUCGUAGGGCAAUGACAGACCACAGUAAUGGGAGUUUAACAAGGAAGACCACCAAUAAACGGCGCCACAUAGAGGGUGAGGCUGGUUCAAAUUCAUCGUCCAAAAGAGAGAGUGACAGUAAUGAUGAAGACAAUGGCAGUGGAAAUUAUGGGGCACACAUUUCAGAAGAGUGGUACCGUUCGUUGCUUGGUGAGCACAUCCAGAAAUACAGGAUCAAGAGGUUAAAGGAGUCACCAGGGCCUACCUCGAUUCGAGGAGAGAUGUCAGUUCAAAAUCGGAUUCCUGGAUCAAAAGGCAGGAAAAUUGGAAGUGCAGAAAGAAUGGUAAAUGGGAUGGAAAACCCAGCUAAAUACACUCCUGAAAUUAAUCCCUUAAAGAAUUCUAAUCAUUAUGAGUCAGAUUUCACUCCAGAUUACGGGGUCGAUAGGUUUCCUUCCUCACUCGAUAAUGCUUAUCUCGAUAUCGGCGAGGGCAUUACCUACAGAAUUCCUCCCACUUAUGAUAAGCUUGCUGCAUCCCUGAGGUUGCCUAACUUUUCAGAUAUUAGGGUGGAAGAUUACUACUUAAAAGGCACCCUGGAUUUAGGAUCCUUAGCUGCUAUGAUGGCUAAUGAGAGAAGGUUUGGAUAUGGUCGAUCAGGAAUGGCUGAUCCUCAGCCCCAGUAUAAAUCACUUCAGGCUAAAUUAAAGGCAUUGUCUACCUCUAAGUCGGCCCCAAAAUUUUCUCUCCAAGUCUGCGAAACGGGGUUGGACUCUUCUUCCAUCCCGGAGGAUGCUGCUGGAGCUAUAAGAAGGUCUAUCAUUUCUGAGGCGGGUAAUUUGCAGGUUUACUAUGUGAAGGUGUUGGAGAAAGGUGAUACAUAUGAGAUUAUUGAGCGUAGACUCCCUAAGAAGCAAAAGGUUAAGAAAGAUCCUGCCUUAAUUGAGAAAGAAGAGAUGGAUAAAAUUGGGAAGUUUUGGGUUACCAUUGCAAGAAGAGAAAUCCCAAGACAGCACAAGAUUUUCUCUAAUUUUCAUAGGAAACAAUUGACUGAUGCCAAGAGAGUUUCCGAAACCUGUCAAAGAGAGGUGAAACUAAAGGUUAGUAGAUCACUCAAGGUGAUGAGAGGAGCAGCAGCGCGCACUAGGAAAUUGGCUAGAGAUAUGCUGGUGUUUUGGAGAAAAGUGGAUAAGGAGCAGGUGGAAGUGAAAAAGAGACUGGAGAAAGAAGAGGCAGAAGCUCGGAAGCGUGAACAGGAGCUUCGAGAAGCAAGGAGACAACAACAGAGGCUUGAUUUUCUUAUAUCACAAACGGAGCUUUUCAAUCAUUUCAUGCAGAAAAAGUCGAUGUCACAACCCUCUGAAGCUUUGCCUAUGGAUGAUGGAGAAUUAAAAGGUCUGGAAGUGCAGCUGAGCACUUCAGAUGAUAAGAAAGAAGAGGAAGAUCCCGAAGAGUCUGAAAUGAAAAGGGAGGCACUAAAAGCUGCCCAACUCGCAGUUUUAGAACAGAUGAAAAUUACUCGUACGUUUGACAAUGAGUGUUCUAAAUUGCGUCAAACAGCUGAGCCUGAUGUCCCACCAGAUGAGGCACCUAUUGCAGGAUCUAGUAGCGUGGACUUGCUUAAUCCCUCCACCAUGCCUGUAACAUCAUCUGUUCAAACACCAGAGUUGUUCAAAGGUUCUCUUAAAGAAUAUCAGCUCAAGGGAUUGCAGUGGUUGGUCAACUGUUAUGAGAAGGGUUUGAAUGGUAUACUCGCUGAUGAGAUGGGUUUAGGGAAGACAAUCCAAGCUAUGGCAUUUUUGGCGCAUUUAGCUGAAGAGAAAGAUAUAUGGGGACCUUUUCUGGUGGUUGCACCCGCUUCGGUUUUGAACAAUUGGGCUGACGAAAUUAGUCGUUUCUGUCCUGAUUUGAAAACACUUCCAUACUGGGGUGGACUCCAGGAAAGAAUUAUUCUUAGGAAAAACAUCAACCCAAAGCGUCUUUAUAAAAGGGAUGCGGGAUUCCAUAUACUCAUUACCAGCUAUCAGCUACUUGUGUCUGAUGAGAAAUACUUCCGACGUGUGAAAUGGCAAUAUAUGGUAUUAGAUGAAGCUCAGGCAAUCAAAAGUGCUAGCAGUAUAAGGUGGAAAACACUUCUCAGCUUCAACUGUAGAAAUCGCUUGCUCCUUACUGGUACACCUAUACAGAAUAAUAUGGCAGAGCUAUGGGCUCUUCUGCAUUUCAUUAUGCCUACGCUGUUUGAUAGCCACGAACAGUUCAAUGAGUGGUUCUCCAAAGGCAUUGAGAACCAUGCUGAACACGGUGGAACUUUAAAUGAGCAUCAGCUCAAUAGACUGCAUACAGUUCUGAAGCCUUUCAUGUUGCGUCGAGUUAAAAAGGAUGUGAUUACUGAGAUGACUGGAAAAACAGAGGUCACGGUCAAUUGCAAAUUAAGUUCUAGGCAGCAAGCCUUUUACCAAGCUAUAAAGAACAAGAUAUCUCUUGCGGAGUUGUUUGAUACCAGUCGUGGACAUCUUAACGAGAAAAAAAUUCUGAACUUGAUGAAUAUUGUCAUCCAGCUGAGGAAGGUUUGCAAUCACCCAGAAUUGUUCGAACGGAAUGAGGGAAGCACAUACCUGUACUUCGGAGAGAUCCCAAAUUCUCUUCUUCCUGCUCCUUUUGGGGAGUUGGAGGAUGUACACUAUGCAGGAGAUCAAAAUCCUAUCACAUACAGAAUGCCAAAGCUAGUAUAUCAGGAAUUCAUCCAAAGUCCCAAAAUGCCUACCUCAACAACUGGGCACGGUAUCCACAGAGAACUGUUUGAGAAGCGUUUUAAUGUGUUCUCUCCAGCAAAUAUCUAUGCAUCUAUUCGUCCUCAAGGUAGAAUUUCAGAUCAGCGUUCUUUUAAUGGUAAAACAUUUGAAUUCAGCCAUUUGAUGGAUCUGUCCCCCGAAGAGGUUGCAUUUUUGGCAAAAGGUGGUUUACUGGAGAGGCUGUUGUUUUCGGUUAUGAGGUGGUAUCGGCAGUUUUUAGAUGAAACUUUGGACUUCAUUAUGGAUGAAGAUGAGAAUGAUGAUUCUGGGUAUAAUCAACCUGAGAAAGGGAAAGUGAGAGCUGUUACAAGGAUGUUACUGAUGCCAUCAAGGUCAGAAUCAAAUUUACUUAGAAGGAAACUUGCAGAAUGUACUGGCCAGGACAUGUAUGAGGCUCUAGUUGUCUCUCAUCAAGAUAGACUUAUGGCAAACAUCAGGCUUCUUCAUUCAACAUAUGCGUUCAUACCACGCACUAGAGCUCCACCAAUAACUGCUCACUGCUCCGAUAGAAACCAUGCUUAUAACAUGAUUGAAGGACUACACCACCCUUGGAUUAAGAGGCUGUUAUUCGGGUUUGCACGCACGUCUGACUGUAAUGGACCAACCGAGCCAAAUUCUCCUCACCACUUGAUACAAGAGAUAGAUUCCGAGUUACCCGUCACUGAACCAAUUCUUCAGCUCACUCACAAGAUUUUUGGGUCUUCACCACCCUUGCAAACCUUUGACCCUGCGAAAAUGCUCACAGAUUCGGGGAAGCUCCAAACACUAGAUAUAUUGUUGAAGCGCUUACGAGCUGGAAAUCACCGUGUACUUUUAUUUGCACAAAUGACAAAAAUGUUGAAUAUCAUAGAGGAUUACAUGAAUUAUAGGAAGUAUAAAUAUCUCCGUCUUGAUGGAUCCUCCACCAUUAUGGAUCGAAGGGACAUGGUUAGAGACUUUCAGCGUCGGAACGAUAUCUUUGUGUUCUUGCUCAGUACCAGAGCUGGUGGACUGGGUAUCAAUUUGACUGCUGCAGACACUGUCAUCUUCUAUGAAAGUGAUUGGAAUCCAACCUUGGAUUUACAGGCGAUGGAUAGAGCCCACAGGUUGGGUCAGACAAAGGAGGUUACUGUUUACAGGUUGAUCUGUAAAGAGACAGUUGAAGAAAAGAUCCUGCAAAGAGCCAGUCAGAAAAAUACGGUGCAACAGCUAGUCAUGACGGGUGGCCAUGUUCAGGGAGAUCUCGUGGCUCCUGAGGAUGUGGUUUCUAUACUUUUCGAUGAGGCUGAGCAGAGAAUUAGAGGACUCCCACUGCAGGGGAAGGAUCGACAGAAGAAGAAACCUAGAACAAAAGGCAUAAGGAUCGAUGCGGAAGGAGUUGCAACCUUCGAUGAUCUCACAAAUAUUACAUCAAAUGCUGCUGCAGCCGACCCUGUUCCGGUGCAUGAUAGUGGCAAGUCGAAUAAAAAUAAAAAGAGGAAAGCCAACUCAGACAAUCCAAAACGCAGGGGUUCUAAGAAACCACUACCAAACGCUGAUUCAGUCAUGGGUAUGAAUGAACACAAUACAGUGGAUGGCUUUCAUGAUUCCCCUGGGACCACAAUUCCUCAGCUACCAAAAAUAAAGAAGCCGAAGAGGCCAAAGAAAAGUGUAAAUGAUGACCUCGAACCGGUUCUUUCUGCACCAAACCCAGUUGGUCAAAAUCAAAAUCCUGAUAGCAACCCAUUUAUGCAUGACUUCAGUCCUGAUGAUUUUAGAGCAGAAGCUGAAGAGACUUCGCCUAUGAACCACUCCCCAACAGGAUAAUAAGCUAGUGGGAAUUUAAAUUCAACCCACUCAGCGAGGACGAGGAUUGAAGGGGGCAGAAAAGAGUUAACACGAUAGGAGAUCAGUUUGACCAAAGUAAUCUUGUGCAGCUGCAAUUUUAGCUACUUAGAUUCUUCAUCUUGGUUCUUCCAUUAGAAAAUCUCGAGUUGCGGGACAUUCAUAUUAUAUGUCGCUCUACUGUGGAGAAUUGCAAGCAUUAUUCAAUAAGAGGAACCAAUAAGAGGAACUUCUGAAUCUUUAUGGGAAAACGUGACCUGGGGAGCAAGUAAAGCUGUUUGAUAUUUGUAUAUAUACCUGUAUCAAUGGUUUUUCAUGAUUUUGCUUGGAAUGCCAAUUUGUACGGUCGCUUCAGUAGUCGGUUCCUUGGUAAGCUAGAGUUCUUGAAGGAAAGGUCUCAUUGGAGAAGCCCAGGGAAAAGGUGGAACAUGAACAGGUGAACUAAUCAUGCUCGUGGUUGGUUCAUUUGUCUUGAGCUUCCAUUAUCUUGUAAGUAAUAGAAACGUGUAGAAUAUCGAUUCUAGUGUUUAUAUAAACUUUUGGAUACUCUGUUAUCCUUUGUUUUUGUUUUC